ACUCCACCAAGCCACCAACUGUCAUCAGUGUCAUUUCCCUCGACCCCUAAUUCCCAAAUUUGACAGCUCCGAAGCGUCCAAAGGAAACUUCCGCGACGUCGCCGUUGUGGCUUUGACCUCUCCAUUCCGCCAAGUGCAUUUGUGCGGUGACGAAAGCCGCGCCCAGUUUUCCGUCGUAUCCGCUGUUCAACAAAGUCUGCAAUCAUAGGCCUGUCAGACACAGCUUUAAUGGACAUGGUUGUCUCAAAUCUGCAACAGCAACGCGCCACCACCGAGCAGCUCAGACGCGAAGCCGCCAUCAAGCGACUGCCGGUGUCUUUGGCUGUUGCUGAUAUCAUCAAGUACAUCACCGAACAUGAGCAAGACGACUGUCUCUUGGUGGGGUUCUCGAGCCAGCGGGUUAACCCGUUCAGGGAGAAGGCACCCUGCACUCUGUUGUAAAUAAGGGAGGAUGGGAGCCUGAUGUCUUCGUGUUGUAUUGUAUUAUUUAAGUUUCGUAAUCAAGUAAUCAUUAUACAUACUAAUGCUAUUUAAUAAAGUAUUGUAAGAGCAA